CACAAUCAUGUGACGUCACUCCCAAUAUCUUAAACCGCCGUCAAAAUGCUAUCCACACUGAGCAGCUCACUAUCGCCGGAUUCAAAUCGCCGAUCCGCCAGAUACGGUUUUUAAUCGAAGAUGUCGUCGUCGCCGUUCGUGAAGUCUUAUCUCUUCGCUUACAACUUUCUCCAAGCUUCGUCAUGGACGAUUUCGUUUCUGAGUAUCAUUAACAGCUUUCUGACGCACAAGACGAUCACUGGCGCUUACUCUGCUGCUGGAUACUUGAUAAGUGUGAUGCAAACUGUUGCUGUUCUUGAAGUUCUUCAUGGAGCUAUAGGAAUUGUGCCGAGUGGUUUCUUGUCUCCUUUGAUGCAAUGGAGUGGGAGAACUCACUUCAUAUUAGCCAUUGUUGGACAGAUCAGUGAGGUCCAGGAUUCGCCGUGGCUGGCAAUUACACUUGUAGCUUGGUGUAUCGGCGAGAUGAUAAGAUAUCCUCACUAUGCUGUAACUUGCAUUGGUAGAUGUCCCUAUUGGCUAACCUAUCUCAGGUACACUGGAUUCAUCAUGAUUUAUCCAACGGGACUAGUAGGUGAAUUGUUGAUCAUGUACAAAGCGCUUCCAUAUGUUAAAGAAAGGAACCUUUACGCGAAUUUCUUCUCUGUUUUCCCCUUCAGUUACUACAGUUUCCUUUGGGCCGUCCUCUUGGUUUACCCUUUCCUUUGGUUGAAGCUGUAUCUCCAGCUGUUCAAACAAAGAAAGUCUAAGCUUGGAAAAGCAGAGAAGCAUCACAGCGAGAGAAAGAGAAUGUGAAAGUCCCUUCAAUCAUCUCCUCAGUUAUGCUAUCUUUAUCCUUGUUUAUGUUAUCGCUCUAUGUGCUUUUACUUUUUGUUUUCUCCAUUAAAAAAAAGGUUAGAUAAUUUAAUUAGCAUGGCCAUAUUAUCAACUUUACCUAUUUUCACUUUAAUAAUUAUUCGUAAAACUAUUCAUUUAUUAAUAAUAGCAAUCAAAAUU